GGAAGUAGGAGGAAGUAUAGGCGCUCGGCACCAAUAUAGGACAACUUUAUUGACCCGUUUUACAAUUCGGAAUAUUGGAUGACUUAAUUUAUAGUGUCGGCUUCAAGGGAGUCGUAAAGGUUCGUUGGAAGAUAAACUGCCUUUUCUACUCGGCGUCUCUCGGCCACUCAGCUGAUCAUCAGCAGAAGGCAUCGUCUCGCCACACGUAGUGGGCUCUCAGGCUGGCUGGUUGCUGUUCGGGCACUAUGGAGCAAAAAUCACCGAAGGCCGACCCCGGUCCAGAAUCUAUGUCCUAUCAGCGGAGGAUGUGGAAGAAUUUCCAGGAGAAAACUAAGCCAUGGCUAAGCCCUAAACUAGGAUCCGAAAGACGCGGUGGCGGCGGUGCUGAGGGGAGUAAAAAGGAAUCAGGGUUAUGGAUGUUUAAGCGGAAGAAGAAACAACUGGACCGCGUGUUUUCGUCGUCUCAGCCCAAUUUAUCUCAGUCCUUUGAAGACAAGAAGUCUUAUGGCUUGGAGUCGGGUCCCAGCACUAGCAGCGGCGGACAGAGCCUGCUCGAGCCCCUUGGUGCUGCUUCUGGCGCCACGGGAAGUAAACCUGAGUUGUCGGCUCACGGAAGUCCUAAAUUGACAGUAUCCUUGAUUAUGCAUCAACAGAAGAGCUCAUCUCUCGGUUCGGCAUGCUUUGAGAAACUGGUGGUUGAGCCGACUACUCUAGUGGCAGAAGAAGAGCUGCUGCGUAAAAACGCAAGUGAUUCUGGCGUCAACAUCGUGGAAUCCAGUAAUGCAGAUCCCCCUCCACCACGACCUCCGAGUCCAGCCAUGUACCAGCUGGAUAUCGUCCUAAAGAAAGGGAACAACCUGGCCAUCCGAGAUCGAACAGGGACGAGUGACCCCUAUGUGAAGUUCAAGCUUGGAGGAAAGGAGGUGUUCAGAAGUAAAACCAUUCAUAAAAACCUCAACCCUGUGUGGGACGAGAGAGUGAGUCUUCUGGUGGAGAGCCUGAGGGAGCCACUCUAUGUCAAGGUCUUUGACUAUGACUUUGGACUUCAGGAUGACUUCAUGGGCUCAGCUUACCUCCACCUGGAGUCACUGGAGCAUCAGAGGACACUGGACGUGACACUGGAUCUAAAGGAUCCACAGUAUCCUGAACAUAAUCUUGGAAGUUUGGAACUGGCGGUCACACUGUCACCAAAGGAAGGUGACAUGAGAGACGCUACCUUGCUUUUGAGAAGGAACUGGAAACGAACCAGUAAGUAUCAAAGCAUGCGUCUGUCAGAUGUGCACAGAAAAGCCCAGCUAUGGAGAGGCAUCGUCAGCAUCAGUCUGAUCGAAGGGCGUGAUCUCCAGCCCAUGGACGCCAAUGGCCUCAGCGACCCCUACAUCAAGUUCAGGAUGGGCCACCAGAAAUACAAAAGCAAGACAAUGCCGAAAACCUUAAACCCACAGUGGAGAGAGCAGUUUGAUUUCCACCUCUAUGAAGAACAAGGGGGCUAUGUGGAUAUAACAGUGUGGGACAAAGAUGCAGGGAAAAAAGAUGACUUCAUGGGGAGGUGUACGAUUGACCUAUCGCUCCUGAGUAAAGAACAUACUCAUAAGUUAGAGCUCCCCCUGGAGGAAGGUGAAGGUGUGCUGGUGCUGCUGGUCACACUCACAGCUUCAGCCGCAGUUUCCAUCUCUGACCUGUCCAUCAACAUGCUGGACGACCCCCAUGAGAGGCACCAGAUCAUGCAGAGAUAUAGCCUGUGGAGAUCGCUUCACAACCUGAAAGAUGUCGGCGUGGUGCAGGUGAAAGUCAUCCGGGCAGAGGGGCUGAUGGCCGCAGACGUGACUGGUAAAAGUGAUCCUUUCUGUGUGGUGGAGCUGAGUAAUGAUCGGCUACAGACACACACGGUCUACAAAAACCUCAACCCUGAAUGGAACAAGGUUUUCACUUUUAAUGUGAAGGACAUCCACUCAGUUCUGGAGGUCACAGUCUACGACGAGGACCGCGACAGAAGUGCAGACUUCCUGGGAAAAGUGGCAAUUCCUUUACUCAAUAUCCAAAAUGGAGAACGCAAAGCCUACGCCUUGAAAAGCAAGGAGCUGACAGGGCCAACAAAAGGGGUCAUCUUUCUCGAAAUAGACGUGAUUUUUAAUGCUGUGAAGGCUGGCCUCCGAACGCUGAUCCCCAUUGAGCAGAAAUACAUUGAGGAUGAACCCAGAGUGUCCAAGCAGCUCCUGUUGCAGAACUUCAACCGAGUCCGCCGCUGCAUCAUGUUCCUCAUCAACACAGGCUGCUACAUCAACAGCUGUUUUGAAUGGGAAUGUCCACAGAGAAGCAUCUGUGCAUUUGUGCUUUUUGUCAUCUUCGUAUGGAACUUUGAAAUCUAUAUGAUCCCCAUGGCAUUGCUGUUACCCUUGGCCUGGAAUUACAUACUGAUCGCAUCGGGGAAAGAUACCAGGCAAGAUAUGCAAGCGGUGGAGGACCUGCUGGAGGACGAAGAUGAGGAGUUUGACAAAGAUGACAAGGAGCCUAAAGCUGACCCGUGGGAGGACAGCCGUGAUAAAAAUCAUAUUCUGGAGGAUAUGUUGGCCUCCUGGCACUUUGAGUGGAUCCGAGCCAUGGUGGACUCUGAGAGAAAAGGUUUCAUGAACAAGCUUUACGCCAUCCAGGAUGUGUGCAUCAGUGUGCAGAACGCCCUGGAUGAAGUGGCCUCGUACGGAGAAAGGAUAAAGAACACAUUUAACUGGACUGUGCCUUUCCUGAGUUGGCUGGCUAUUGUGGCUCUUGUAGUAGCCACCAUCAUCGUCUACUUCAUUCCUCUGCGAUACAUAGUUCUAGCCUGGGGGGUGAAUAAAUUUACCAAGAAGUUGCGGGAUCCAUACACAAUAGAUAACAAUGAGCUGCUAGACUUUCUUUCCAGAGUGCCCUCAGACGUACAAGUGGUGCAGUACCGAGAGCUGAAAGUGGAUCCCAAUCCCAGCCCAAAUAAAAGGAAGAAAAACAACCCCGGGUAGAUGACUUUGUCCGCCCACCAUCUCCUCUUUUCUCCACUUUACUCUGCUGCUCCAUCACUGGACACACAGGAGUGCAGGAGACAGACCCUUUCAGCUCAACUAUUGUAAUGUGUUUCCAGUUAAGAAGUACUUCCAGUGACUGAACACUAUGAUGGAUAUUUGCAUAAAAAGACAUUAAGUGUCCUGGACUCUUAUGUGAUCAGUUGAAGGUCUCAAUGGUGGAAUUGCUCCUCUCAUCCAUGUGCUUAUCCUUCUAUCUAUCAUUCAGAAGACUUACAUUUACACUAUUUGUCAAACGAUGACAACAACAGGUUUUACAAGUUUUAAUAUCUGAACUUACUUUUCCAAAAUGACAUUUUAGUUCAGUUGUGUUCAUCAUGAAGUGAAGCCUUAUCAUUACAUUUGACAUAAUCACAUUGAAACAGACAAUUUUCAAUAUUUAUUAAAUGCUUUUUUGGGAUGUAUUUAUACUUUUAAUAGUUUUUUUUAUAUACUUCCAGCUUGAAUGUUGUAAUGAUGUUAUGUUUGCUGCCAGUAAUUUGAAUCGUCUCCACUUAACUCCGCCAGCCGAGCUGAUUAGCAAUUACAGAGGUAGCCUCCAGAUACUUCCUCUUCCACAAACAAAGUGGACAAACAAGCUGUGGGCUUGUGUUUCUGUCUGUGUCCAGAGAAGCCCUUUACGCAUGCUACUUCAGGAAAACGUCUUCCUGCUUUUUUGUCACACAGGUUUUACACAGCACUGUGUAUGAUUUUACCGUACAGUCUCAAUUAAAUGGCUACAUAUUUGUGGUUGUAGCCAGACUUUUUGCCCAGCUCUAAGUCGGUGCUGUCAGAGAGAAGCCAAAGCAGAGCCAGUGUAAAGGUGUUAAUGUAGAUGUCAUACAGUCUAUGCAGAGUGGGGCCUGUGGCAGCCACAGCCCUAAUCAUGUUUGAAAGGCUGGUCUCCUUUCCUCUCAUCUCCCCUCGAUGUGUGUGCAUGUGAGUGUGUGUGUUGAAGCUCCAGUGGCCACACACCGCUCCAUCCAUUUACAGACAGAUGCACAAAGAAUGCACAGGCUAUGUUGUACUAGCACUCAGAUAAAACCAAACAUCCCAUUUGCUUUACUUUGUGUGGCUCUCAGGCACACAGACACAUAAACAUGCUUUCUGUGAUGCUGUGCCCCGGGCUGGCCGCUCUCUCCAUCUGCCCCACCUCAUGUGCCCACAGCUCAACUUUGAUCUGCCUCUCCCUCUCUCUCUCACUCUCUCACAGGAGCUGGUGUAUGUAAACCACAGUGUGUGUACUAAAGCAGUGUUUGCACGUUUAUGCAAUCAAAGACAUGAUGCUCUCCUUAAUGUUGCUAUGUGUUACCAUUGUGUCCCCUGCAGCUGAAGCCUGAAGUGCAGAUCCAGUCUGUGUGUGUCAGCAUGUUCAAAUAUGUCUACAUAUGUCUGUGAUGUGGCAGUUAUUCAUGCAGCUGGGAGAGGAAUUACCAUUCAUUUAAACAAAAAGAGGCUCUGGGAGGACUAUGGACUGAAAUGUCCUGCUGAAUUUUUUUGGGUAAAAAAAAAAAAAAAAAAAAAGCGCCUCACUUUUGUCCAUAUGAUGGUGUUAUAAGGGUUAAUUUACCAAAUUCUGAUUAAGUCAAAACAUCAGUCAUUUUGAGACAGUAUAAUCCUUAAUUCAUUCAGAAGUGGUUUAGUGUAGAGAGAGACAAGCAAAGAUGAGCAGGGUAGUUUCACUCUAAAACUCCUCUCUUUGGGAUUGGACUAAGUAACUCAGAGUAGGAUAAAUUCCCAGUGUUUGAAGCUAGUAACAACAAAUUGAAAAUAGCUUCUGAAUGGGAGUCAAAAAUUCUUGAUCGCAAAAACAGUUUCCAGAUGACCACUGUUGAAACUGUCUCUUUAGUCUAUCAUUUAUCAGUUUUUUUUAGUUGAUGCUUUGUAAUUCUGUGGGAGACAGCUCUGUUCUUAUUACAAUAUUGUUAAGAUGUUAACCUUAAACUUAAUUUUUGGUAGUUUUGUUACAUGGGGCCAUACCACAAAUCAAUAUAAAAAUGAGAAAACAGUUUAUUAUGUUUCAUUUCUAAAAGGAAAAAGAAAGUUAAAAUUGAUAGUGAUCCCAUUUUUCCAGUCAUAUUUUGGAAUUUUCUCUUUGUCAUGCUUCCUCUGUGGUCCUCACAUUCAUCAGUGUAGCGGGGUAGUGACCCUGUCUGAAGGCUGGGGUCCCGUGGGCUUCUCUCUGAGCAUCUGUUGAAAGAUCAGAGCUCGGCCUCCUCUCAAGAAGGCUCGUGUUCAUCCCCCUCAUCCCUGGCUCUCCAUCUUGGUGCUCCCAUGUCUCCUGCCUCUUCUUUUCUUUCUGCCAUUUUGUCAAACGUCUAAGCAUUGCAUGUGCUCUUUAACCGCUCAGCCCUCUCUCUCUUUCCACCCAUCCAUCUCCAUGCUUAAAUAUCAACAGGCGAGGAUGUGUCACUCUAGAGGGCCAUUGAUUUUGUUUUGUUGUUUUGAGGAAUCCACUCGGAAACACAAUAACGGACAGUCCCCCUAGAGCGGUGUUGCAGACUGAUUAUAGCCUGCCCUACCAAACACACUUCUCUCAUGAAGGAUGGCUUUUCACAAUGGAUUGAAUUACAGAAAUGUGCGUUGGUGUUUGUAUGUAGUUAUUUUACAGAGAUUUUAUUAUUCAGUUGUAAUUUUUAUACAAAUUUUUGGUUUUGGAAAGCAAACCAAAGUGUUAUUUUCAUGUAGAGAUAAUUUAUGAUGGAAUGUAUCAAAACCAGACUGAUAGAAAUUAGCACUUUUAUUGAGUUGAAAAGAAAGUUAUUUAUUUUUCAAAUGACACUGUACAUAUUUAUUGUGGUAUUUUAUACUGUAUGCCUGUUAAUAAUGUUAAAAAAUAUGUGUAUGCCUGCCUUAUUUUCUUAUGUCUUUUUGCGCUUGCAUUGUUGCCUGCCUGUGACAUUGCUUCAUGCAGUAAAACAAAGUCUGAGCAAAGACAAUGAAAGAUGAGGAAAUGUAGCAAACCCGUGAAUAUAUAUUUCUGGUUUGAGCAAGAAAAUGUCUGUUUAUUUUGAAAAACA